GUUGCUUGCUCGUUUUUUUGACAACCAGCUUUUUGGUUGUUUAGCAGGACUGACAUUAGUAUUUAGUUUUUGACUUAGCCUCGCGCAGGCUUGUUAGCAUUUGUUUGUCGAGCACUGCAGAGGACAUUGCACAGUUAAGCACCACAAAGCAAAAAAUGGCAUUACUCAGGCCUCUCAGCCAGCUAACGUCACCAAGCGAGUUAGUUUAUCGUUACAUGCAGUGGUAGGUAAGUUGUAAAAUUAGCCUGGCUGUAAAUUUGGAAGCUACAGAGCUAAAAGCUUCUCCUUCGAGUCGACGCAGGACAAAGGAGACAGAAUGGCUGAGGCUGACGACAAAUCCACUGCGCUUAAUGGUGGCUCUGAAGAUAAAGAACCAGGAGAAUAUGAACACAAGGAGGCAGAUGCCUCUGGAAGCAAAGAGGGACAAUCCCAGUCUUCUUGUCAAGAUGCUCCCAAAGAAACAGGAGAGGCAUCUAGAGACAAGCCUACGCCAGACGUGGAAGGAGAGAUGGGGCCAAACAGAGAUGAAGAGGAGGAAGAAGACACAGACAGCAUGGAUGGCAGUGGUCUCUACUCCCUGACUGAGGAUGGUGAGAGAGAGAGCGAUGUAGGCAGACGGGAGAGAGCAAAGGAUAAAGAUGGUGGGAAAAGGGCAGCCAGAAAGAGGAAUAGACCUGGCGGCGGCACCAAUAACUCCACCAGCUCAGAUGAGGAUGAUGAUGAGGACGAGGAAGAAGAAGAAGAACAGAAAGAUGAUGAAGAUGAUGAUGAGGCUAUGGAGGCGUGGCUUGGAGCAGAGCUCCGUGACCUGCAUGGCCCUAUAUGGCGGGCAAUUCCCUCACUGCGCUCCCGGGAGAUUGGCAGGAACUCACACCAGUUUGUAAGGCGUGUGUGUGGAGCCCGUGGUCUUGUGCAGAGGCUUGAGCUCCAGGGCCGACUGGAGAGGCACACGGGCUGUGUCAACACGUUGCACUUCAACCCCUCGGGCACACGCCUGGCUUCAGGCAGCGAUGACCUGCGAGUGGUGAUCUGGGACUGGGCUGUGCGUCGUGCUGAGUUGGAGUUUGACAGUGGCCACAAGAGCAAUGUCUUUCAGGCAAAGUUCCUGCCUCACAGUGGAGACUCCACCUUGGCCAUGUGUGCUCGAGAUGGUCAGAUCAGAGUGGCUGAGCUCUCUGCCACACAGCGCUGCAAGAACACCAAGCGGGUAGCACAGCAUAAAGGGGCAGCACACAAGCUGGCCCUAGAGCCAGAUUCCCCCUGCUCUUUUCUGUCUGCUGGAGAGGAUGCUGUGGUGUUUGGUAUUGACCUGCGUCUAGACCGUCCCGCCAAUAAACUGGUGGUUGUAAAGGAGGGUGAUAAAAAAGUGGGGUUGUACACCAUCUUUGUCAACCCAGCAAAGACACAACACUUUGCUGUGGGCGGAAGAGAUCAGUAUGUGAGGAUCUAUGACCAGAGGAAGAUCAAUGAGAAUGAUAACAAUGGUGUCUUGAAAAAGUUUUGUCCUUCACAUCUGGUAUCCAGUGAGUCCAAAACCAACAUAACCUGCCUUGUGUAUAGUCAUGAUGGCACAGAGCUCCUGGCAAGUUACAAUGAUGAGGACAUCUACCUUUUUGACUCCAAUCACAGUGAUGGGGCUGACUAUCGCAGGAGAUACAAGGGACACCGCAAUAAUGCUACAGUGAAGGGGGUGAACUUCUAUGGGCCAUGCAGUGAGUUUGUGGUCAGUGGCAGUGACUGCGGACACAUCUACCUGUGGGACAAGAACUCUGCUCGCAUAGUCCAGUUUAUGGAGGGAGACAGGGGAGGAGUGGUGAACUGUUUGGAGCCACAUCCCCAUCUGCCAGGUAUUGCCACCAGUGGGCUAGACCACGACAUCAAACUAUGGGCCCCUACAGCUGAAAGCCCCACAGGACUCAAAGGUCUCAAAGAGGUGAUGAAGAAAAACAAGCGGGAGCGCGAUGAGGACAGCGUGCGCCACGGUGACCAGUACGACACCCAGCUGCUGUGGUUCCUGAUGAGACACAUGAGGAACAGACGUCCACCGAGGGCCCGCCGUGAGGGUGCAGACGCAGACACAGAUGAGUCCUGGAGCUCUCCAGAUUCCUCUGAUGAAGAGGAAGGAGGUCCAGACCACGUCCAGUGCAUGUCCUCCUGAGCCACACAUGCAUACAUAUACAAAUAUAUAUAUACACACACACACACACACACACACACUUUGUUGCCCUUGCAUUGAUGCACAUCGGCAAGCACUAUUGACACACUGGGACACUCAAAUACAGAUACAUUUUUUUACACACAUA